AUUUUACCCCUCUAUUGAUCCAAUCACAUUGAUCCAAGUCAUUUGUAAACUUGACACAGUAUAAACCUGAGUAUCUAUAUAAAGGGAAGGUAAAAUAGAUUCUAUAUCUAUUGGAAGAACAAGAGUGCCAAAGAAAAGGCACGAUGAAGCUUGUUACCAUUGCAGCUAUUGCUGUCCUAAUAUGUUUCGGUCAAGCAGUUGAUGCCAGACAAUCGAAGAAAUAUAUGGCAAAAGCAAAAAUAUCAACACCGAAGAUGAUUGAAAAUCCUCUCAAAAUACACCUGGCAGAUUCCAAAGAUCUGACUGAAGAAGAUGACACUCAUUCAGGCAGCAAGAGAGAAGGGCGGGGGCGAAGGGGAUCAACAACAAAUGUCAAUGUCAAAUCAUGCAAUGCUAAUUUCUGCGAUCCAGGAUGGGAACCAUAUCCCAAUAUCGUUUCUGCCAUGACAGGAUACAACAUAUUGAAGGGAAAUGCAUACAACUUUGGAACAGAGCAAGAUCCUGGCUUCGAUAAUGGAUACAUAUUUGUUCCUGUUGUAAAAGAUAAUGAUGAUAGGUACACACUUCAUGACGGUGUAACAGUCAGAGCAAUUUCCAAAUGUGAUCUGACCUUGACGACAAAGUCUAUCAGCACAGUGAAGGCAUUUCAAAAGAUGAACAGGAAGAUAGAAGGUAUGCAUGAAGGAUGGAAAACGAAUCCCCCAGUUGAGGUCAGCUUCGAAGGAAAGGGAGUUGGGGUAAGCACUGAGCUACCUCCACUGUUUGAGGCAUAUGGAACGGCCAACCUUGAUCAAAGAAAGAAUGAAGAGUUUUUUGUCAGAAGGCAAGGUGUACUUACAGUAAGUGCUGCAACAUGUGCCCUAUAUUCCAUGCGGAUUUCAAGGAGAUUCCCUCCGCCUUUCAAAAGUACAUUUCAAAAUGCAGUCAAGACCCUGUCUGAGGCGACGGAAAGGGAUCGGAAGAAGGAAUUUCACAGAUUCAUUCAAGAUUUUGGGACACACUUUUUGCAACAGGCAACGAUUGGAGCUAGACUAUCCAUUCUAAGGCGCUAUUCACGUGCAACGUUUCAAAAUGCUGCCGCAGAAACUAUUGAAAACUGCAGUAAAGGUCGUCUUAGUUACUUUUAUGUCAAGGAGGAAGGAAAAAAUAAUUGCAGUAAAUUGGAUAAUGCAGACAAAACAACGAUCUUUAAUGACAUCGAAAGAGAAUACAUUGUGUCAUAUGGAAGUAGGCCAGAAAAAAGCUUAACUGAAUGGGCUAAUCAAGAGUUUGAUUACCCUGUGCCGAUCCGAAUGAACCUGGUCCCAAUUAUAGAAUUGUUUCAUGACGACUUCAUGAAACACGAUGAACAACUCAAAAAUCUCGACUAUAGUGGCAUGAAACAAUGGAUGACUCCAAUGUAUGAGAGUUACUGUGAAGAUGUGAAAGGGGAGCUGGGAAUAGCUCAUUGUAAGCCUGGUGAUGUGAGGAAAUGUGGCUACAAUGACAAUUGCAAUCCUGCAUAUCAAGAUUGUAUUCAAAAAAGUGCGAGAGAAUUCCAAUGUGUCACCAAGAUAACAAAGACAUACAUGGAAACAAAACUGAGGGACACUAUGGAGGCUAUUGAAAGACACAUGAAAGCUAAAGAUGUUUUAAAAAUGAUUGAAGAGAGUGAAAUUGGCAGUCUACAUGGUGUUGAGGUGUAUAUAAUUGUUAUGGCAAGCAGCUACGGUGAAAUGGGAGUAGCUGGAGAUAACGCUGUCAUGGUAACACAUAAAUGGUUUCGUGUUGCACUUGCAUGGGCAAACACAGAGGAUGUAGGAGAAGACUCCAAACUGCAAUCUGAUACUGAAAAGCAACGUGACAAAUUGUGUCCAGAGGAUGCCACAGGUUCUAGUUCACUGAACUCAAUUAUUCAAAACAUCAAAAUACUUGGUCACAAUGUCAAAUUCUUUGUUCUUGCUAGAGAACCGAAUGAAUCGACUGGUAGAGAUACUGAAAAAGUUGGCAUCAGCGCAAUGAGGCCAGACGCCAAACUCGAUGGAUUUUGUGCUAGUUCGUCCAAAUUAUUUACAGUGAUGACUGGCCCAGGAGCUGGAGGCAUUCCCGGGUAAAGACUGUACUUGUGAUCCUUUGAUAUGUUAUAGCAAGUCUUUCCUUUUCUCUUAAAGGUAAUUUCAAUGCAUUGGAAAAUAAUUUUCAAUUUGAUGAAUUAUGAAAAAUGAUUUAAAAUU